AUGGAUUCCCAGGCUGUCAAGGAAGCUGUCAAGAAGCAGGUCACGUUGGAGUAUCAUACCAACAAUGCCCGCACACUGAUCGAGAAAAUCAAUGAGCUGUGCUUCGAAAAAUGCGUUCCCAAGCCCGGCAGUUCAUUAUCAAGCGGCGAGCAGACAUGCAUGAGCCAAUGCAUGGAGAAGUACAUGGCAGCCUGGAACCAAGUCAACACGACUUACAUAGCGAGGAUAAACAAGGAGGCCUCCAACUAA